AUGUCAUCAGCCAUUGCAUCAUCAUCAUCAGCAGCUACGUAUGAUACGCCUGUAUAUCGAUCGAGGAGACGACAAGGCCGACGCCAUCAACGCCCACGCUUGUUUCAAGUACGACUUGGCGACUACGUGUUGAUGCAGACAUUGGGUGAAGGAGAAUAUGGCAAAGUCAAGCUUGGUAUCCAUAGCAGCACUCGACAAGAGGUUGCCGUCAAGUUGAUUCGCAAGGAUACGGUUGGUGUAUCAGAAACACGGCGAAGUCGAGUAGAAAGAGAAAUUCACGCGCUUCGGACGCUCAAACAUCCUAACAUUGUCAAGUUGAUUGAUGUUGUGGAGACCGACAAGUACAUUGGUAUCAUCCUUGAAUAUGCCUCUGGUGGUGAGCUCUUUGAAUACAUUCUUGCACAUAGGAUGAUGGAUGAGGAUGAUGCACGUUGUCUUUUUGCCCAGCUUAUUAGUAGCGUCAAUUACAUGCAUCACAAAAAGAUUGUGCAUCGUGAUCUCAAAUUGGAAAACUUGCUGUUGGACGCUAAUCGCAAUCUCCUUGUGACCGACUUUGGAUUCGCCAAUGAGUUUGUACGCGACAAUCCCUUGAUGGCGACUUCUUGUGGCUCCCCAUGUUAUGCAGCACCCGAACUAGUUGUCACUGAUGGUGGAUAUGCAGGCCCUCUUGCUGAUAUAUGGUCGUGUGGAGUGAUUCUAUACGCCAUGUUAUGUGGACACCUUCCUUUUGAUGACGAUCCAAAUAAUCCUGAUGGCAACAAUAUCCAUCGCCUAUAUCGAUACAUCUUGACUACGCCUCUUACUUUUCCCAAUCAUGUCACUCCUGGUGCACGAGAUCUCCUGCGUCAAAUGCUCACUAUUGAUCCUUCCAAACGAUGUUCAUUGGAUGCCAUCAUACACCACACAUGGUUGAUACCUCACGAAAACAUCCUCAACUUGUCAGAUGCAGCUUUGGAAACCCAAGCUUUCAAGACAUUGCAGAAGAUCAAACCACCUCUUGUACAGCAACAAUCGCCUAGGAAACACAAAAUGGAUGUCGACCAUUUGGAUACAAAUCAUAAAGCAUUUACAGUAUCCGCUGGCACCACACGUCGUCGAGAACGGAUAUUGAGCUUCUUUACCAGCACUGCUACGAAGGAUGUUAAUAUGCAGCAACCAUCAUCACAACAAGAGCCAUCUUCAUCACAACGAAAACAACCACAAACAAGAUCAACAAGGGGACGUGCAGCAUCAUUAUCAUCAUCCUUGGUACCAGCUACUUUACGUGCAAAGUUGACAGCCAAUGUGAAUCGUAAGACAUCACCACCUGUGGAGCGCAAUAAGGGUCACUCUCGUCCCCGGUUUUACAGCACUGUUGGGCGACAUGCAGCACGCAAGUUAGCAGUGGCUGCAGCUACAACAAGUCCACCAUCACGACAUGAUGAAUGUACCCCUUCAACUCAACAACAAGAUCAAACAACGGCAACUACAAACCCAGGUAGUAAAAGCAAAGUCAUUGCAUGGAUUAAAAGAAAGCGACCAGGUGGAGGUGGAGGUACAUUAUCAGCGGCUGAUCAUCAACAUCAACAACAAUCGGCAACAGUGGCAGCAGCAGCAUCGACUAAUGAUACUCCUGAAUACGAGGAGAGAUCAGCUAUGGAAUUGCCAUCGAUAAAAGCAGCAGCGGCAGCAGAAGCAGCAACAGCGAAUCAAAAGCAACCAGCAAUAGCUGAAUUGGAAGAGUACAAUUUACGCGUGCAUUAUGGUGCAGUUGACAAGGCCGCACUCACCUCGUGCUCUCCUACAAAAGUGAUGAUUCAAGUCCGCCAAAUUUUGCAUGCACUUGGCAUUGAAUGUGGUGGUGGCGGUGGUGACAGUUGUGGCCCUCCUGGUGAUUUCAAGGUCAAAUGCACGCGACGUGCAAAACGUGUCAUCUACGCAGCACCAACUUCGAUCACCCUUUUCCCUAAUCCAGGUCGCCUAUCAGCUACUUCUUCGGUGAUUGAUGACAUUGAUAAUACAUCCUCCUCGUCACUUUAUACCUUGUCCAGCUCAGCGAGUACAUCGGCCAACGCAAGUGAUAAUGAAAUCCAUGGCAACCAGCACAGUGGUCAUCAACGAGUCCCUCAACAAAAGAAUCAUCCUAUCUAUGGAGACCCUGCAGUAGAUGCUGGAGAAGAGAUUCGAUUCAUGGUGGAAGUAUGCCAGUUACCCAACAACGACCAUCAUCGGAUUAUCCAUGUUCGAAGACUACGUGGCAACGUAUGGGCAUUCAAAUUCAUUUACCACAAGUUUAUGGACCUGUUAGAAGUGAUGGGAACAACAACAUCAUCAUCAGCAAGAUCAAAUGAAUCACUAUCGUCACUAGCAACGUAG